AUGGCGAGAGCGAUUGCCGAGGUGCCGAUGAUACUCCUGCUCAUCAUGGCGCUCUUGGCCACCUCAGGUGCGCCAAGGCCGUUGGGCAGCGAUGCGUGGGUUGCGGCCAGGGGGGCCGUCUCCGACGACGGUGUCAUCUCGCAGUUCCUCCAGCAAAUGUACUUCCAGCAGCUGGGAGCCGGGCCCUCGUGCGGCACCAACAGCGCUCAAAUGGUGGAUGGCCACGGCGCCCAUGAUCGAUGA